CACGCGCGUCCGGUAAUAGUCCCUGUCCGUGUUCCGUUCCGAACGACAGUUGAAGUCCGAGUUAAUCCGAGAACCGUCAAGCAAUACCAAAGUUGAGUUUCUUUUUUUCGUUCUUGUUUUGUACCAGGGAAUUUUCAAUUUCCAAUCCCCCCCUUAGUUACUUACCGUCGGUCAUCGUCGUCCUAGCCUACUGCAGUCGACGUGUGCGUCUGUGUGUUUUUAUGUGUGUAAAUUUUCGGUGUGUUACAUUCAGUGCCAUAUAUAGUUAAAAGUUGGAUAUUUCCUGUCGAAAUUGAUAGAAAUUCGUCGGUUUCCGGUGGUUUCGCGUGCGGCCCGGGGAGGAAAUUGAAUUACUGCUAGUGGUUUCCACAUCCCCCCCGCGUUCGCUCGGGUUAACUUGCUGUCUUGGAUGGUGCCUAGAUGCAAAGUUCUCAGUUGAAGGUUUCAAGAAGUUCUCAAGCCGAGUUUUUGUUUGCGAAAAGAAGGCUCCGUCGUGGCUUGUGUCCUCCUUGUUCGGGAAUAAUUUCGAACGAACCGUUCUCUAUGCUGCAGCAGUAGCGUGAAGAAACCGUGAGAGUGUGAAUCGCGUGAAUCAUAUGGUUGCUUGGAUGUUGCUGUGCUAAACUGAUGAUGAUGAUGACGCUGAUAAAUCGUAGAUAGCUACGAUUAUAUAAAGAAAAUAAGAGAAACACCAGCAAAGAAGUCACGGAAAGUGCAUGAAAGCAGAACUGAACUUGUCUGGCUCAGCGAAAAGUCGAAAUAAUAACAACACUGAGUGAGUCUGAAAUUAAUACGCCAAUCGGAUUAGACCCGAUUGUUUGAGGAGCUGCUGAGCUGGGCCACCCCGUUCCGCGGAAGAAGAUGCCGAGGCAGGCGGAAAGAUGAAGCCGAGCCAGCGUUUGCCAAGAUCGAAAUUGUGUUUGGCAAACUCGACGAAAACCGCCAAGACGACGACGACGACGACGACUGCUACUAAGCCCACUCCGUCGAGGGCAGCAUGGAAGAAUCAAAAGAUUUAGCAUCGGAGCGCGACCUACUAUGAAGAGAAAGUGCUAGUACUGGUGCGGGUUCUCUAGCUACUGUGCAAGUCGGUCUCACGUGUUUGUGUUAAUGAAGUGGAUUUAUUCGAAAACGAGAAAAAAAUAACGCAAGAAGAAAAUACAGCAAAUAAUCGAUAGUGAAUUGUUGCCUUCAACGAAGAAAAUAAAGAAAUAGUAGCAAAAUAAAUUAUCGUCGAAUACAACUACUAGAUCAGAUCCGUAGAGCAGAAUACCCAAAUUCAAUGCAAUCAUUUCGUUACUCCAACUAAAUACUACGAAUACACCCGUAACCAAUAGUAAUAUUAGCAGUAGAAAAUAGCAACAACAAAAUUACCAAGCUACACACCAAAAAAAAAGAAGUUAUUAGUGCUCUCUUUCUUAGUGAAAUUUACCAAUAUAUCGUUCGUAUUAUUAGCCUACUUAUAAUACGACUAGAAGUGCGAAAACAAAAGUUCCCCUAACCCCAUUCGUUGCAAAACGCGCUCGUAGUGAAUAGUGAGUGAGAAAGUGAUUCGCAAAACAAAGUAAGCGGCAAAUAAAAAAAAGAAGAAAAGAGAAGCAACAGCAACCAAAGGAAGGAAAGGAAAAAAAGAACAAGUGCAAAAAUGCCUGUCAGAAGAGGACACGUCGCUCCCAAGACGACCCUUAUUGAAACGAUAAUCAGGAAAUUUGAUACGCAUAACCGUAGCUUUCUAGUGGCCAAUGCACAGCCCGAAUCGUGCCACAUCAUCUUCUGCUCGGAUGGCUUCUGCAAGAUGACCGGUUUCACGCGGGCGGAGGUGAUGCAGCGGUCCGCCUGCACCGAGUUCCUGCAGGGCCAGAUGACCUCCCCGGCCGUCGUCCAGUCGAUCAAGGAGGCGCUCCGGAAGGGCGAGGAGAAGCACUUCGAGAUCCUGUACUACCGGAAGAAUGGAACGAAAUUCCUGUGCUCCGAAGUGAUUGCCCCGAUCCGGUCCGAGGUCGAUGACAUCUCGCUGUUCAUCAUCAACUUCGAGGACCUGACGAACCCGACCAGCCCGGACCCCAUCGAGCCGACUCACCACCGCAGUUUUCUUUCAGUCGACCGCGCUAGAGCGAGCUUUCGACAAUCGUUUCGCAUCGGACACAUCGCUCUGCGGGAUCGGGGUCUCCGGUUGGCCGGAUACCUCACGCCCCCAUCCGAUGCCACUCAGGAGGAGGAGGAAGUGGGCAUCAACAAGAGUGCGAUUGAGAGGUAUAAUUUCAUGGGGUUUUGCAGUGACAGGGUUAGCCAAACGACGGUGCUCAAGGUGGAGACGAACAUCUGGGCGCCGAUGUCGACGCCGGCACUGACGAGGACGAAGGAACUGGAAGCGCUUCAUACCGAUGGCGAUACGCUCAGUGGACCAGGAGAAAUUGUGAUAACUGCCCCGGAGGUGGCCAAAGUGGAAGCGACAACGAUCGAGCUUCCGACACCAAUCGUCGAUUCCAAACCAGAGUUUCAGCAAACCAAAAGUUUAGACUUUGAGAUACAAUCAAAACCGCUGCAAUUUGGCAAGCAAUCGCCUUACGAAUCUGCAUUUUGUUCAAAAUCACGUUUAAUCGUACAGUAAAAAAAAAGUACAAUAUUGCCACAAAGCAAAAUCGCUUCCCAUUCAAGAGUUCGCAGCGCCAAUGUGUGAAAGCUCGCUUGCUGCCCGACGAGCUUUCUGCCUACAUACUUCUUCUUUGUACAGACAAGUUUACGAUUGUUUGCGAUCUGUAGAAAAAAAAAAUGUCAAGAGUAGCAUGACGGCGAUGAUGGUCAUGAACCUCCCGCGCAAGGACCCACGGGAUACCAUGCGCGACAGUAUUUUCCGUAUGUUUCGUCCGAGAGCGACC